CAGGUCCUUAAGUUUUUAAUUUGGUCUGAUGUUCGGUUGGUGAUUCUGCUUGUCCAAAUAUGUCUAUCAUAAGCUGGCUACAUUUGCAUAGGUCUAUUCUGCACUUCACAGAAACCAGUUCUAUUUAAUCUCUAAAAAGUGGUCGAUCUUCCAAUUAAUUCGAUUGUGGUUGAGUGGUAUUACGUGGGACAAGAAGCUGUAAUUUGUGCGGAAGAUCUCGAAUUUGUCGGGCUUAUUGUUCAUAAACACCACUGAACACGUGAAUGCGAAGCAAGCUGCAGCCAUGAACUCCCUGCUCUCCACCAUGCACUCCCUCCGGGAGUUGUUUGAUACAAAGAUGAAGGAGUUUGCUGAUGAAGUGGACGUCAACAUGGUGUGGCUGGAUGAAAUACAAGAGGAGGCCAUCCGCAUGUUCUCCAGUGACUUCAGCGCAGAACCCGAACUCAUGCCGAAGACUCCAUCGCAAAAGAAGAGCAACCGUAGGAAGCGGGUUUCGGUGGGCCGUACAGACAACCGUGGCAAGAGACGUUUCUCCAGAGGUGCACGCAGUAACCUGCGCUCCUCCACCCACCUGGUGCAGACACUUGGCCUGAUCACAGAGAAUGUAACAGUCGUGGGAGCGGGUGCCGCCCCAGACAUGGAAGCGGAGCAGCCCAAGCGCAACACCCGCCGUAACAAACAGCGGCAGGCUUCCAUUGAAACGGAGGUGGUGGAUAAUGCCUCCAGCAAGGGAAGCUGCCUGGAGAUGGGGAAGGAAGCCCCCAUGGAGCCUGGAGUGCAGCAUGCCACAGAUCCUCAGGAGCCGGAGGUUGGGGCAGAGGUGGAGUCAGGCAGCUCCGUCCCACAGCCCCAGCCACCCGCCGCAUCUCCCCCUCAGCUAACGAUCGGCAUUUCCGCUGCUGAGCGGAACUCUGCGGAACUCCUGCUGGCACAGGAAGAGUCCGGUGACCAGGGGGCUUCCAAGAUGUCCCCCACUGCGGCCCAGGAGAGCGGCGCCCAUGCAGCAGCGCCGCGCCGCUCUUCCGCCCGCCGGGUCUCCGUGCGCUGCUCUCUGAGCGGCCUGCGGCGCAGCAUGACCCAGCAGGCUGUGCGCCGUGCGUCCCGCCGUUCAUUCCUCAAGAAGAAGGCGCGCCUCAGUAGCUCCAGUGGGGAGGUGUUUUUGGACACCGAUGGAGAAGAAGCAGCAGAUCAAAUGGAUGGUGUGCUGAUUGAGGAACCAGUGGAGGAAGUGGUGGAGCCAGAGGUUAAGGUGGUGAUGGUUGAAGAGGAAAAGGCUGGAGAAGAUGUCCGGCGUUUCACACGCUCCAUGGCCCAGACCAACACUCCGCUGGGGCCCCCAGCCCCACCCUCUAACAUUGAGAAAGUCUAUACAUCUGGUUCAGAUGACAGUGGAAAGAAGCCUCUAGCAACCAUCUCAAGUCUCAGCACCAAGCGCCUGGGCUCCAGCACAGAGGACCUUACUGUUCCAAGAAAGAAGCCCUCUCCCCCAAACAAGAGCCAGAGUGCCAUUAAGCCCAACAUGAAGUCAUUCCUGCACACAGUACAGAAGAACCAGAUACUGAUGUCAACACCUGUGUCCAUGGGUCGAAAUGCUGUCAUGAAGUCUUUCAUCAAAUACUCAACUCCCGUCAGAGUAGAUUUGAAGCCAGCCCCCGGUUUGGUUGAGCGGGAGCGAUUGCGUUUGGAAGCUCUGAAAAAGAAGCAGGAGCAGGAGUUGGAGAGGAAGAAAAAGUUGGAGGAGGAAAAGAAGCGAAAGCAGGAGGAAAUGAAAAGGAAGAGAGAUGAGCGCCUGAGAAAGGUGGUUGAGGCCCGAGUGAAAGAAGAGCAGAAAGAGGAAGAGAAGAAGAAGAAAAUAGAGCAGAAAAUGGCCCAAAUGGAAGAAAAGAAUGACAAGAUGAGAGUGGAGCGCAUUGCGGAGGAGAAGGCCAAGAAAAAGGUGGCCUCCAAGCGUCAAGAGGAGCUAGAGCUGCGGAGGAAGCUGCAAGAGGAGGAAGCUGCCAAGAAGAUGAUGCAGCAGGAGGAGGAGGAGAAAAGGCAGCAGGAGCUCCAGGCCAAGCGGCGAGCUGAGGAGGAGCAGGAGCGAGCCCGCAAGCUCGCAGAGGCACGACGGGCUCAGGAGCUGCGGAGGGAGCAGGAGCGGGAGAGGGAGCGAGAAUGGGAGCUGCGGAGGGAGCAGGAGCGUCAGCGGGAGCUGGAGAGGGAGCGAGAAUGGGAGCUGCGGAGGGAGCGAGAGAAGGAGAGACUGCGCCAGCAGCAGGCAGCUGCUGAAAGGGAAAGGAUGGAGCGGGAAAAAGCAGAAGCCCUGCGGCGAGAGCUGGAGCUGGCUGCCCGUGAGAAGGAGCGCAAGGAGGCGGAGGAGAGGAGUCGGAAGGAGGCGCAGGAAAGACAGAAGACUGAGGAGGAAAAGGCAGCAUUACAGAAGCAAGCCGCUGCUGCCAAGAAUAAGGAAGAGCUACAGCAAUCGCUGGUAAAAACACCAGUGAGCAAGAGCACCGUCCUCAAUGUGACUGUAGAGCAUUCCCCUCAGUCAUACGAGAUCACCCCAAAGGGUGGAAAUAAGCCAGUUAUCAUCAGCAACCCUGAAGAUUAUGGGAUGGAUCAGAACAGCGAUGACUCUACUGAUGAUGAAUCAGCUCCUCGGAAACCCAUCCCAUCCUGGGCUGAGGGGAGGCAGCUACAGCAGGCCAUGAUGCACCAGUACUUCAACCCUGUGGAUGUGGACUCCUUCUUCGGAGAGAUCGAGGAUCCACAGCUAGAGCGGAUAUUUUACAAGAGCAAGCCCCGAUAUUUUAAGCGCACCAGCUCUGCUGUCUGGCACUCGCCCCCUCGGGCUGGAGCUGCAGCCUUUUAAACUCUUCUGUUUGCACUGUUGUCUCUUCUUCGUUUUUCGUCCCGUCUUUUCCUACUUCAGCUCUUAUCUUGGUUUUCAGUCUUGUACCUUUUUUUGUAUUUUUAGAUGGGGACAGAAUAUAGUUUUUAGUUUCUUUCUGAAAUUUUUAUCUAUACAUCCUAAAAUAAACUGUUAAACAUGGA